AUAUACUGACUGUUUCAGGUAAAGAAAUUUAAAAAAAAUAUAUAUAUUUUCCUUAGUAACCGGCCUCUAGAAAUAAGUAAAACCUGAAUCAUUGAAAUCUCAAAUUUGUACAGGUAAAUGUAUAGUAUCGUUGUAUUGGUGAAGCUCUAAUGUACUUUCAUAUACAAGAGUGGGGCUGCUGCAGGUGCGGCUCUGGCCAAGAGACUAUGUCUCAACGCCAUACGAUGAUGGUAUGAGCUCACCUAAAACUUAUUUGUAUUCCUACGCUACAUAUAAGUCCGUAUUUCCGUUUAGACAAAUUCAAGUGUUGUUUUAUUCAAUUAAAUAAUUUUGUGAUUUAAAAAAAAUUUUCAACAUCAAAUUCUUCUUAUGUUCUUCCCUUAGAGUAUAUCAGUAAUAUAAUGUACGAUUUUUUGGUCAUAAUUGCAGUAUUCUUAAAAUAAAGUUUUUAAUAUUAAUCACAUCACGUUCCUUAAAGUACAUCCGGUCGAAGUCGCGCUAUGGCUUGACCUGAUUUGCAUUUAAAGGACACUUUGAGCAAGUGCCAAAAGUGUUAAUGUGAUCCUAAACAUGAGUGAUGGAUUUAAACUAGUUCAAAUACAUAGGAAAAAGAUGAAUAUUUUGUGGUUUUUAUUUGGUCUUUUUAUAAUAACUAACUCUGAAGAUACCGAUUGUAAGGAUCGAAACUGGCAUUCCCUGGAAAAUCCUCAUACAGCAACUCUGGAGUGUGGUCCAGAAUUCCAAAAUCGAUGUUUGUGUUCAAGAGUUUGCUACGAAGGAAUUCAUCAAUAUGUUGUUAACUGUACCAAUAGUGGAUUCAUAGAUACGAUACCGUUAGAAAAUCUUCCUAACAAAACUGAAAUUCUCAUAUUCACUGGAAACACUCUGACUAAGUUACCAGAGAAUAUUUUUGGUACUACGGAUCGUGUACCAAACUUGCGUGUGAUUGAUAUGUCAAAUAACAAGAUAAGAGAGAUUAGUGGCAAAUCAUUUCAUCAUGUCAGAAAUGUGCAACGAUUAAAUUUGGAUUUCAAUGAAAUAUCAGUAACCAAUCAAAGUAAUCAUCCUAGAGUGUUCUCCAAUUUUUUAUCACUACUGGAAUUACAUUUGACUGAUGCAUUUGAGGAUCAUCCUCCAAGAAGAGAUCUUGCUGAAACUCUUCAUAAUAUAUUUGUGAAUAGUCAUCUUGAUCAAUUGAUAAAACUUCAUUUGGAGCAGAAUGAAAUCUCAGAAUUUCGAGAUCCCAAUGUUUUUUGCAAUCUUCCAAAUCUCUUGGAUCUUCAUUUAGGAGAUAAUGAAUUAAGUGCCUUGCAUUUUAAUUUAUCCUGUCUUCAUAAAUUAAGAUUCUUAGAUCUCCAACGAAAUAAUUUUACUAGAGUUCUAGAACGUGAUAUGAAAACUUUAGAUACUUUUGCAAAACAUAAUCAAACAGUGACUAUUGACUUAUCAAAUAACAAAUUUGAAUGCUCAUGGAGACUCAAUCCAUUCAUUAAAUGGAUGAAGAAAACCAAAGUUGUAGUUCGGAAUAAAAAUUUCCUUUAUUGCUAUGAUCAUGGACAUGAAAAACCGUUGCAAGAAAUAUCAAAUUAUUUGCCAAAAAUACACGGGUCAACAGUUGCUAUUGUUUUACUUUCUAUAAUUCUUGUCAUUUUGAUCGGUGCUUUAAUUUAUGUUCAACGUCAAGAUUUGAAGAAAAAAAUUGCACCAGUUAUUGCUUCAGUUAAUAAACGUGUACGAUACACAUCGAUAGCAACGAUGGAUGGAAAAGAGAAUGAUAGAGUUAGUGUCAAGUUUUAUUACUUUAAUUGUUUUGAAAUGGCAACUACUGAACGACUUCAUCUUGAUGAAAUAAUCAGCUCUGUUCCUGAAUUAGGUCCUUCUGUAUCCAAUGCUAAGUACAUGUGGAUUAUUUUUAUUUCAUUGAUGAUUGUUCAGAUAACAGUUCCAAGUGUAAUAUCAAUGUAUGGAAUUAUUUUGGGAUAUUUGGCUACUAAUUCUUCAAAAAAUUUUGAUGUUUGGAACGAAGAGAUCAUUCUCACUCCUAUUUUAUUUACAGCAUUCUAUCAUUUAGCAGAUCCAUGGACAAGAAUAAUAGUGAAUUUAGCAUCUGCACCACGGAUAAUAGGAUUGAUUGGAGUUGGUCUGUUGUCUGUUGGUGUUUUAGCAUCAGGAUACCUUGCUACUGGAGGUGUAGGAGCUUACUUAGCAAGUUCAAGUGCUGGUGCAGUGAUGGGUAUCGGUGGUAGUUUAAUAUUGAUACAAACAGACGUUGUUUUACGAAAAAAUUUUCGUUCACAUUUACAAAAAGUGUUGAUUUGUAAAGAAAUUUCUACCUGUUUAGGAUAUAUAUUAGCACCAAUAUUUAUUUUUUUCAUUUUAUCUUCGAACUUUAGUCUUCAUGUCGCAUCAUUAUUAAUGGCAUCCAUUUUUAUUCCCACUGCACUGGGAAUUUUAUUUUAUCAUUAUCCAACAGUCAAACCAUCAACGAGUUCUUACAUGUUAUUGAUAGCUGAUGAAGAUAAUAAUGUUCAUGAAGAAAAUAGCACGAGAAAUUUAAUCCGACAUGAAGAACCAUAUUCCGGAAAUACUCCAGACUACCUUUUUGGUGAAGGAUCAGAAACUUUUAGUUAUAUGCAGGGACUUGAAGAUGAUCAAGAGCUUUUCAAUGUUACUACUCAACAUAUAUCCAAUCUAAAAUUUGAGUGGAAACAAAUACUUCGAGUAAUGAAAUCCGGAAAAUUCUGGAUUGGAGUUAUUACUUGGAUCGGCUGUAAAGUCAAUUCUCUUUUAAUAUGGAUUUUAUUACCAUCUAUUGUGAUCAGGAGUAGUGAUCUUUCAUUUGAACUUAUUCGAGGAGUUGUUGCAACUAUAAUGGUAGCAAUUGGAACUUUUAUACCCAAUAUGAUAGCUAUCUGGAAACCAAAUUCUGCAAGAACGAGGAGUUUAUGUUUUGGAGCAGCAUCAUGGCUUGGAUGUCUUGUUCUGUUCGGAUUAUCAACAUUACCAUUGGGCGAUGCCAAAUUUCUUGUUGUUGGAUUUCUUGGUGGCAUUAGUAUUGGAGGAAUGUCAGUUUUUCUCGAAUCAAUUAUACUUGAUAUCUUGGAUAAUUCAAUAGCCAAGAAAGCUCACAUGGUAUUUUCGACAAUUGUUGGAUUAAGUAUCCUUGGUUUUAUUUUUAUUUCAAAUUCAACCAUUUGUUUACACUUGACUGCAAUUACUGAACUUAUAGCAGGGUGUUACUGGUUGAUAUUUCCUAUUGUAGAGAUUAUUCGAGCAAGAUAA